CAGUAGCCGCCAUCUUUAGUGGUUUGUUUCAGAAGCGUCAGUACUUGAGAAGCAGGUCUCUGUUGUCGGAUCGCGGGCGCAGGUGUGGCUCCAUUAAUAUUGUUAUCAACAUUAAAUUCCUAGGUAUAUGUUACAAAACUUGCUCUAUAACACGCCGCAUCAUGAGUUAUCAGAUGCAGGCACAAGGGAGGCCAAUGUCACACGGUCAAUAUGUAAGCAAUAGCCCUGCUGAUCUUCCCAUGCCCAGCGUGAAAGAACAGACACUUAUGUGGCAGGGAGUUGGACAACCUGGAUAUGUUGGAGAUUCUGGAAUCCACAGUGGAGCAACUACUCAGGCUCCAUCCUUGUCUGGUAGAGGUGGAGAUGAUGAAAUGGACACUUCCGAUGGAGGGGUUAUGUUGAAUAUGGGGGGAUCUGGCUACUCAGCAGGAUACACACAAGAUCAAGUUGAAGAUAUGAAUGCUCAGUUGAACCAAACUCGCUCCCAGCGUAUUCGUGCAGCCAUGUUUCCUGAAACAUUGGAUGAAGGAAUGGAAAUUCCCUCAACCCAGUUUGACAACACUCAGCCAACUGCUGUUCAGCGUUUGGCCGAACCCUCUCAAAUGCUGAAACAUGCCGUGGUGAACUUGAUCAAUUAUCAGGAUGAUGCAGAUCUCGCUACAAGAGCUAUCCCAGAGUUGAUUAAGCUACUGAAUGAUGAAGAUCAGGUCGUGGUAUCGCAUGCUGCAAUGAUGGUUCAUCAACUCUCCAAGAAGGAAGCGUCCCGCCAUGCUAUCAUGAAUAGCCCACAGAUGAUCGCGGCGCUUGUGCGAGCAUUGUCGAACAGUAACGAUCUAGAAACAACCAAGGGCGCUGUUGGAACACUGCACAACUUAUCCCAUCAUCGCCAAGGAUUGUUGGCUAUUUUUAAGUCGGGUGGAAUUCCAGCAUUGGUGAAGCUGUUGAGUUCGCCUGUGGAAUCUGUUCUGUUUUACGCCAUCACGACGCUGCACAACUUGCUGCUUCAUCAAGAAGGCUCAAAGAUGGCCGUCCGUCUGGCGGGUGGUUUGCAGAAGAUGGUCGCUCUCCUCCAGCGCAACAAUGUCAAAUUCUUGGCCAUCGUGACUGACUGUCUUCAAAUUUUGGCGUACGGAAAUCAAGAGUCCAAAUUGAUCAUCUUGGCGUCUCAGGGACCGAUGGAACUUGUCCGAAUUCUUCGCUCAUACACUUACGAAAAACUUCUCUGGACCACAUCGCGAGUUUUGAAAGUACUGUCCGUUUGUUCGAGCAACAAACCAGCCAUCGUUGAAGCUGGAGGUAUGCAAGCUUUGGCAAUGCACUUAGGCCAUCAGAGUCAUCGUUUGGUCCAGAAUUGUUUGUGGACUUGCCGCAAUCUUUCCGAUGCUGCCACUAAACAGCAGGAAGGUCUGGAGACUCUGCUACAAGGACUGGUCCAGUUGUUGGGAUCCAGCGAUGUCAACGUCAUCACGUGCGCUGCUGGCAUUUUGUCUAAUUUGACUUGCAACAAUCAGCGCAACAAAACAGUUGUGUGCCAAGUCGGCGGUAUUGAAGCGCUGGUUCGCACCAUUAUCCAUGCUGGCGAUCGUGAAGAAAUUACCGAACCUGCCAUCUGUGCUCUGCGUCAUAUGACGUCUCGCCAUGCUGAAGCUGAAAUGGCUCAGAAUGCUGUUCGUCUCAGUGGCGGUCUGCCCGUUAUUGUACGUUUGCUGCAACCUCCUUCCCGUUGGCCGCUUAUCAAGGCGCUUAUCGGGUUGGUUCGCAAUUUGGCUCUCUGUCCUGCCAAUCACGCCCCCUUGCGAGAACAAGGAGUGAUUACGCGUUUGGUGCAACUGUUGAUCCGUGCUUUCCAGGACAUUCAAAGACGCUCGUCAGUUGUCAGUUCAGGCAGUGGUCAACCCCAAGGCUCCUAUGCCGAUGGCGUGCGCAUGGAAGAAAUCGUCGAAGGCGCUGUUGGCGCCCUUCACAUUCUUGCUCGAGAAUCCCACAACCGAGCCGUUAUCCGGGGCUUAAGCGUUAUACCCAUUUUCGUCCAGUUGUUGUACAACGAGAUUGAAAAUAUCCAGCGUGUGGCCGCUGGCGUGCUUUGUGAACUUGCUUCUGAUAAGGAAGGUGCAGACAUGAUCGAACAAGAAGGCGCAACGGCUCCCUUAACUGAAUUACUUCAUUCUCGCAAUGAGGGUGUGGCUACAUAUGCCGCCGCUGUACUCUUCCGCAUGUCCGAAGACAAGCCACAAGACUACAAGAAGAGGCUAUCUAUGGAGCUGACCAACUCCUUGUUCCGUGAAGACCAUCACUUGUGGAACGGAGAUCUGCCUUUGAUGCCUCCCGAUCUUCAGGAUAUUCUUGCACCUGACCAGCCAUACGAAGGUCCGUAUGGGCAAGGCCCACCCAGUGUCCACUCCAACCAAGAUGGAGGCAGGUCCUACCGUCAAGGAUAUGACGCCCUACCCGUAGAAUCGAUGCAGGGAUUGGAGCUCGGUUCACACCAUGGCGGCCCACCACCUUCUGCCACUUCUCCGACCAUGGGCAUGGGCAUGAAUAUGGGGCAUUCGAUGGGUCUUCCCAUCCAGUCCAACAAUUACGCUCCGGUAGAUCACAUGGGUUCCGAUUUGGAUUUCGAUCCUCUGAAUCAUAUGGGUCAAGCCACCCCUCCCCAACCGCCCCAUGAUGCCCAGGCCGCUUGGUAUGACACCGACCUUUGAAGUGGUUGCAAAGCGAAAGUUGAAAAAGUUUAAUCACUACAAAACUCCUUGCAUAUCCACCACGACGCUCCUCUUUCCUUUUCUUGCACUGGUAGUUUCGCAGGUCGUCCUUGUCCGUUUUCAAUGAUUAACCUGCAUGUUCCAUCCGUAACAUGUGUACUUGUCCUCAUUCCUCCUCCUGCCGACUUAUCUUCAAGCUCUUUACCGUGUGGUGUUCUUCCUUCGUCCCCUCGGAUAAUCGCAUUUCUCC